AUGAAGUUCAGCCUCUUCCUCGCUGCUGCCAGCAUUGUUGCCGCUGCUCCUGGCACCAAGCUCGUUCAACGCGAUACUUCUCCCCUUGUUCCUCGCUCUUCUGCCCGCCGGGCCAGAUACAGCUCAUCUCCUAACCAGAGACUCUGGUCUCUCGACUCUUCCAAGGCCUCGAAUGACGACUACUCGGGCAACUGGGCUGGUGCUGUCAAGAUCGGCAAAGGUUACAACCACGUCCAGGGCACCAUCACUGUCCCAGAGGUCAGCGGUGCCGACGGCGCAGCUGCUUCUGCUUGGGUUGGCAUCGACGGUGAUACUUGCCAGACGGCGAUCCUGCAGACUGGAAUCUCCUUCUACGCCGAUGGCACCUUUGACGCGUGGUAUGAGUGGAUUCCUGACUACGCCUACUCCUUCAGCAACUUCCGUGUCAGCGUAGGCGACAAGAUCAGGAUGACGGUUGAUGCAUCUUCCAAGACCAAGGGCAUCGCCACGCUCGAGAACUUGACGACAAACCAAAAGGUCACGCACUCCUUCAGCAGCACCCCUUCCACGCUCUGCGAGACCAAUGCCGAGUGGAUUGUCGAGGCCUUCCAGGAGAAUGGCAGCCAGGUCACUCUUGCCGACUUUGGCACCGUUACUUUUACCGGUGCUACUGUGUCUGGUUCUAGCGGCUCGACUGGCCCGCAAGGUGCCGACAUUAUCGAUAUUUCCCCCGACGAGGGCCAAACAGUUCUUGCCAAGGGAUCUGUUAGCGGUAGCUCUGUCACCGUCAAGUAUGUUGGCAACUAA